AUGACAUGUAAUCAGUCGGUAAUUGAUCGUUUGCGAAGGCACUUGUCCCUAGAAAAGAGUGCAUCGCCGCAGAGACAGACGGCCAACCAACUGUUAGGCGGUAGUGGAAAUGCGAGACUCUCCGCCAAUUCCAGCCAUGAAAGACCCGUCGAAGACAGCCCAAGAAAAAGCGGUCAAUUUUGUCCUUCAGUGGAAGACGCACCAGCGAACUACGUUUGGGAUCUGACGGGAAAUUGGUUACAAAUGGUCGGAUGCGCCUACGUGCACGCUAUCGACCUGGUCAAAAGAAUGAGUAUAACUCGAGUGAUUUCGCUCUGGCCAAAUCUCAAACGCAGUGGCUCGGCACAGAAGAAUCUCAACCCUGAAGAGCUCCGACUAACAUCUGCCUCCCCUGACGCGGAGGCAGAGAAGCAGAUUUUAGGCCGAACCAAGUUCUUACUGCUUGCUCUAUCUUUAACAAUUACGAUGGUGCUCCUAGUACAAGCUACAAUUAUUACUGUGAUGCGAAUAAUAUGGAAGCGACAUCAUCGUCGUUUUAUCAAAACUAUGAACGAACUCAGAAAGAAAGGCAGCAAGAGCUUUUCGCCACCCGAAGGAAAAAGGUCAAUGGAACGUUCUGUAGUCAAAUCAGCAGAAGCUAAUCCACAGAUUCCACAACCAGUAUUCCAAGGCCCACUUCUUCGAGACCUUUUUCCAGAAGAUUUAGCUGUUGACUCUGCUGAUCUGUAUGAAAUGUGA